AUGUCGAAUCUACCAUCUCCGUCUUUCCAGGGUCCACUGAUGAUCAGCGCAUCGUCCGUUAUUGACGCGCCCAUAGACAAAGUAUGGCAGAUCCUCGUCGACUUCACGUCCUAUGCCGAAUGGAACACCUCCGUACACAAACAGAUAAUCGUGGACAGUUCUUCUAAGGAGCCGUUGCCCGACCAGACACCGCACGAGGGAUCGUACCUCCUCAUGGAGGUGCACAUACCACCGACGUCCGACCGGUCCCACACACCGACGUCGCGCCCGCUCGAAUUAAUCACCGCGGUCGACCCGGCAGCGCAUCGCGUGGCGUGGAAGAACCUGAUGCCAUCGUGGUUACUGCGCGCGGAGCGGUGGCAGGCGCUGAGUGUCGUCGAGGACGGAAGACACUGUACGAGACGCGGGAGCGGGUUGCAGCAGGGCUUUCAGGCGGUCGCCGAUGGACUGAAGCGCCAAGCGGAGCAGUCUUAG